UCUCUCUCUCUCACACUAAGCACACUGUGUAUCCAUCCAUAUCUACUACACACUUACUUUGACAUUUACACCCUUAUCCAUUUUUAUACUUUGUUCUCUUAUAUAUAAUAUAUACUUAUAUGGUAGUGAUUCAUUAGUGAUUGUUUUUGUCACCAUUUUUGUACUGUAGUGAAAUUUCCGAUGGCUGCUCGCAGAAUUUCAUCUCUUCUUUCUCGCUCCGCUCCUUUGCUUUCUCGUCGAGGAAAACAAUCUUACACGAGCAGAGGAAUCUUCCGGUACACCACGGCGGCAGCAGCUCUCGAGGAACCGAUCAAGCCACCAGUCAACGUGAAGUACGAUAAGCUUCUAAUCAACGGACAAUUCGUGGACGCUGCAUCAGGAAAAACUUUCCCAACUUUGGAUCCAAGAACUGGAGAAGUAAUCACACACGUUCCCGAAGGCGAUGCAGAAGAUAUCAACCGAGCAGUAUCAGCUGCUCGUAAAGCUUUUGACGAAGGACCGUGGCCCAAAAUGACUGCCUAUGAGAGGCAGAGAAUAUUGCUUCGAUUUGCGGAUUUGGUCGAAAAGCAUAACGAUGAAAUAGCAGCAUUAGAGACGUGGGAUAGUGGGAAGCUGUUUGAGCAGUGUGCUAAAAUCGAAGUGCCUAUGUUUGUUCGGCUUUUUCGAUACUACGCAGGUUGGACAGAUAAGAUUCAUGGGAUGACUAUUCCAGGCGAUGGACCACAUCAUGUUCAAACUUUGCACGAGCCGAUCGGUGUUUGUGGUCAGAUUAUACCGUGGAAUUUUCCUCUUGUGAUGUUUGCUUGGAAAGUGGGGCCCGCACUUGCGUGUGGUAAUACCAUCGUUCUCAAAACGGCAGAGCAGACUCCUUUGUCUGCACUUCUUGUAUCGAAGCUAUUGCACGAGGCUGGACUUCCGGAUGGUGUUCUGAAUAUUGUUUCGGGAUUCGGUCCGACAGCUGGCGCCGCCCUUUGCAGCCAUAUGGAUGUGGACAAGAUUGCUUUCACUGGUUCAACCGAAACCGGCAAAAUUGUUCUCGAGUUGUCUGCCAAAAGCAAUCUGAAGCCAGUUACUUUGGAACUCGGAGGAAAAUCGCCUUUUAUCGUCUGUGAGGAUGCUGACGUGGACAAAGCUGUUGAGCUAGCACACUUCGCUCUGUUUUUCAACCAGGGACAAUGCUGCUGUGCUGGCUCAAGAACAUACGUGCACGAAAAGGUUUACGAUGAGUUUUUGGAGAAAGCAAAAGCACGGGCCUUGCAACGGGCCGUGGGCGACCCGUUUAAGUCGGGUAUGGAGCAAGGCCCUCAGAUUGAUUCUGAACAAUUCGAAAAGAUCCUUAAGUAUAUUAGAUCCGGUACGGAAUCUGGAGCCACCCUCGAAACUGGAGGCGAUAGGUUAGGUACAAAGGGCUAUUAUGUUCAGCCAACUGUAUUCUCUAAUGUCAAGGAUGACAUGCUUAUUGCAAAGGACGAGAUCUUCGGCCCCGUGCAGACUAUCCUAAAAUUCAAUGAGCUUAACGAUGUGAUUAAGAGGGCGAACAACACAAGGUACGGUCUUGCAGCGGGAGUAUUCACUAGUAAUCUCGACACGGCCAAUACGUUGACGAGAGCAUUGAGAGCUGGUACAGUAUGGAUUAAUUGCUUCGAUACUUUCGACGCCACAAUUCCUUUCGGUGGAUAUAAAAUGAGCGGAAUCGGAAGGGAAAAGGGAGAAUACAGUCUCAAGAACUACUUACAAGUCAAAGCCGUCGUCACUGCUCUAAAAAAUCCAGCUUGGCUGUGAAUUUCUGCUUCAAUAAAUCGGAUUGCAAAAGUUUCGUGAAUUAGAUAUAUGAUGACGAACGACGAAUAAAAUAAUUUCACCCUUUUUUUUUUUUCCUGUACUUGAUAAUAUCAACUAUUUCGCAAUGUAUGCAUUUGAAUGUUGAAAUCAUAUUCGGACGGAAAAUCGGUUCUUUCUUUCUUA